AUGACGCACGAUACUAGAGGAUGCACCCGUAGAGGCUUGAAAUCGUUCCAUCAAUCCGAGCACCAUCUGAGGAGGGAGGCGGAGAAGGAUCGGAAACGUCGCAAACGGGAAGAGGCGGAGCCACCGAAGCUACAAGGUGCUCAAGCUGAGGGAAAGACCAAGCCUAUGGAGAAAGCUUCAGUCUCAAUUCAAGACCCGAAGCCACUCCAGCGUAAUUUGAUGGCGGAGCUGGGCGAGGUUGGUGAUUGA